AUGUCAGCACAUUAUCAAGAUCAAAAAGCAGCAGACGAUAUCGAAAAGACUUUAAACAAUGAAAGUCAAAAUGGUAAUUUAAUAAGACAUCAUGCUACUGAUGACGACGAAGAACCCCCUCGUAAACGAAAAAAUACUGAAGAACACAGCUCUGUUGUAGCAGCGCACUAUAAUCAUCUAGAAGAAAAAGGACUGAGAGAAAGGUUUAAUUCUCCCAUAUUUUAUCUCCGCAACUUUAAUAAUUGGGUUAAAAGUGUACUCAUACAAGAGUAUACUGACAAAAUCCGAGAAAAGGAUUAUGGCAGAUCAUUACGAGUACUGGAUAUAUGCUGUGGUAAGGGUGGUGAUUUGAGUAAAUGGCAGAAAGCCAGAGUAGAACAUGUUGUUUUUGCUGAUAUUGCAGAAGUAUCAGUUCAGCAGUGUCAAAACCGAUAUGAAGACCUCCGUUCUCGGUGCGGUCGCCUUUACUCUGCUGAAUUUAUAGCAGCCGAUUGUAGUAAACAAACAUUGAGAGAUAAGUAUAGAGAUCCUUCCAUUAGUUUUGAUAUAGUAAGCUGCCAGUUUGGUUUACAUUACAGCUUCGAAAGCUUAACUCAAGCUAGAAGAAUGCUCACUAACAUAUCUGAGUGCCUAAAGCCAGGUGGCUAUUUUUUUGGCACUAUUCCUGAUGCCAAUGAGAUAGUGUCACGGGCAAAAAAGUCACCUGAUGGCUCAUUUGGAAACAGAAUUUACAAUAUAAAGUUACUAUUUGAUGUGGAGAAAGGUUACCCAUUAUUUGGAGGCAAAUAUGAUUUUCAUCUUGAAGGGGUAGUGGAUUGUCCUGAAUUUUUAGUUAACUUUAAAUUGUUUACUAUGCUUGCAUCAGAUUUUGGUUUAGAAUUAGUGUAUAAAGCACGAUUUGCAGACUUCUUCAAAGAUCACUCCGAGCGGUAUAGACAUUUACUACAGAAAAUUAGAUGCUUUGAAAGUUACCCUCCACCUCCUGGUAAAGAACUUCUAGCUGAUGAAUCUGAAUAUGAACAUGCUAAAGAAUUUUGGAAAAAUAGAGAAAAUAAAAUGGAGAGAGAUCAAAUUGGCACAAUGAGCAUUGGUGAAUGGGAAGUUGCAACUGUUUACAUGGCGUUUGGAUUUAAAAAACUUGCACCUACCUCAUGGGACUCAAAUGGAAAACCUGUGUUCAAAACUCAAACAAAAGAAAAAGGUCAAUCAAUAAAUGACAAAUAG